CGCCUUUAGACAAUAAUUCUGAUGGCAAAAGAACCAAACGGGACAAAAAUAAAAAAUAAAAAAAAAGAACUGCAUGAGGAAUUUCAGGCCAAAGCCGAAAAAAAAGUCAAGAGAAAAUGUUGUAAAAUCUCUGUGCUUUAUAUCCAAGUUCUUAUUAUUCAGCUGGAGCAGCUGGUCCACUGCAGGUCUGUCGCACGGCGCCCUCUGCUGGCCGAUUGCUGCCAUUACAACCGACUUCAGCUUCUCAGACACAUGAAGGAAGACUUUGAUAAUGAUAAUUUGCAUAAUUAAGAUUAAGGAACUGACCUCCCAGCCCAUUGUUCCUCAGUGGGCUGGUUUCAGUCAUUCUGCAAAUGUACUGUUUAUAAGGUUGGGGAAACCUGCAGUCAGCUGAGACUGAAGAAGUCACCUGGAUGAUGACGAAACGUUUCUCCCACAAAAUGCUACGUCCAGAUGAACAGAAUCAACUUUUGGAGAUUUACCUGUGGAUGGAUCAGGUGGCUCUAACGAUCCAUCAUCAUGUGUCUUUAUACCCACUGGAACACAUCAUUAUAGCCCGUGUCCAUUAGUACCUACUCGGCUCGACUCAGAGAAUCCAGUGACAUCAUUAGUAUGCGACACGACAACAACAAAGGUGGACGUUGAGGCGAUGAUGUAUCUGCUGCUCAGUCUGUGGCUUUUCGUCUCACUCGGGGACCACGGUUUUGUUUUUGGAGACAUUUCCCUUGUUGUCGUGUUCCAAAAAUGGCGGUUUUUAUUUUCGUGAACGAGAAGCUCCCACAACUCAUCGAGUGACACCACUGACCAGCCAAUCGGUGGCAUGCAGUUUGACGACAUCACAUUUUAGUAACUGCUCGGAUCACUUGGAACCCCAGCCGAGCAGGUACUAAAAUAGUACCAGGUUCUGUGACCUAAUGGGAAGCUGUGAAAACUGUGGUGAACCGUGGCGAAUUGAUCCGAGUAGGUACUAUUGGAAAGGGGCGUAUCUUUUCCUUUGACCUGCCGCCUUCUGCCCUCCUCCCCUCACCUUCACAGAUGGCUGCCCCUCCCUGAUCCCAGCUCUGCUCGUGGGGGUCGUUGUUGGGUUUUCUCCUGUAGAGUUUAUCUUGCAGAAUAACGCCCUUCCAGGUGACUGCUGUUAUCAUUUGGUGCUUUAUAAUAAACAUGAAUCUGAACGUGCAUUCCUGUGGGUGCCAGUUCUCCCUGUGCUGACUCAGUCUGCAGUUCUGCUUCUUGAAGUUUCUGUGCUUUUGUUUUCAGUUUGUUGUCCUGAUUGUCCAGCCUUACUGUGUCCCUGACAUUUUGCUUGAUUUUGUGUGUGUAAGCUUCAAACUACUGCAGUGCCUUUUUAUUUCCUGCUUUUCUUCCCAAAGCUUUAAUUCAUCCAUGACUCCUUCCUCUGGAAUCCUGCUGUCGUCCGGCUGCUUUGGCUUGAAGCAAACGGUUUCUUCUGAAGGUCUCUGUCUCUGAUGUGCUUCCUGUUUAUGACUGCUGAUAACACAUGGACUUCCAGUAGGUACAUGAAGGUGUUUCCCACAAACAUUACCAGGAAUGACUUCACCUGAUAACGGCGCUUUGGCGACAUGAUAACAUUCACCGCGGGUGGCCCAGAUUCUACAAACUGCACAUGCCUGGAAGUUUGUUCCUGGGCCAGAGGCUGGACCAUCAGCCCCACGUGGUCUGCAGUCAUGUAUUGAUUUGUUCCCUCACAGUUAUCACACAGUACAAAACAUUACAGAUAACUUAGUGUGAAACUGAAAGUAAGGCCUGUGUCUGACAGCACGCGUGUUCUGGGUGCUGGUUUUCUGUUUGUCAGCGGUUUACUUUCCACUCAGACCUUCAUGUGUUUAUUUGUGUUUUUCACUUUAAAUCCCAGUCACUGCAAACCACAACAGGUUCAGCUUUAGGAAAGAGUCCGGUGUUCCACAUUCACAGUACACUAAUGGCCAACCAACCAAACUACCAACCAACCAACCAAUCAAUCAAUCAAUCAAUCAAUGAGUAAGUGAUUGUGCUGCCAUAAUAACCUGCAGUGUACACACACUCACACCCACUCUUUAAGGACUCUGGUCUGAGCUGUUUGUGUCAGUAACUCAGUACUAAUUCUGACUUUAUGGCUUAUUGUUGUACUUUUAUAGCAGCACACGAGGAAGUACAAACAUGUUUUUGUUGGACUGAUAGAAGAAAAACACAAACAUUAUCUUCUGGUCUAGAACGUGUUUACAGAUUGUAAAGCUGUGUGUGUGAUCAAUCAUUCUGAUCAUUUAUUCUCAUGUUUCUUGCUUCUGUCCUACAUACUGACAGGGUUUUGGCUGAUAUGAAGGACAGUGGAUAUCCAGAGGCUGUGCUAAUGUGGCAGAAUAAUGACUCUAACUCAAAGCUCAAGUUUGACAAUAAGUCAAAGUCCUCAAGGACUAUGUCAGAGCUAAUAAAGGUUAUAAAUCACAUACAGUCAUCUUACCCAGAUUGAACCACACAAAGCGGAUCAGUUAAUUAUUAAUCUUUCCACAUAAAAAGCCCAGACUUGAGGUUUUUCAUCAGAUUGUUUCAGCAGAACUGUGACGAUGAAGCUGCUGUCAGUCCUCCUCCUCCUCCUGGUCUCUCUGCUGAGCAGCUGUGCUCCUCUCGUGCUCCCGCUGGACUGCAGCGAUGUCUACAACCAAGACAGCAGCCGACCCAGCGGCGUGUACACCAUCUAUCCCAUCGGAGCCACGUCUGCUGUCCAGGUGUACUGUGACAUGGACUCACUAAAUGGACGCUGGACGGUGUUCCAGAGGAGGACGGACGGCUCGGUGAACUUCUACAGACCCUGGAGUCAAUACAAGAUGGGCUUCGGUAACCCUGCCAGAGAGUACUGGCUCGGCCUCGAGAGGCUCUUCCACCUCACUCUGAGGAAAAGGUACGAGCUGCUGGUCGACAUGGAGGACUUCAGUGGAAACAAGGCGUUUGCUCGUUACUCCUCGUUCUCCAUCGAUCCAGAGUCCUACGGAUACAGACUGCACGUGUCUGGAUUCAUUAACGGAGGGGCAGGAGACAGUCUGAGUGCUCACAACGGACAGAAGUUCUCCACAUUUGACAAAGACCAGGACAGCUCGUCAGGAAACUGUGCCAAAAGUUUCCAGGGAGCGUUCUGGUACAACAACUGUCACCUAGCAAACCCCAAUGGAGCUUAUCGCUGGGGAGCUGACAGCACUUUAUAUGCUGUGGGAGUGGAGUGGGCACUGUGGAAAGGUCAUGACUACUCCCUGAAGACCAUCAGCAUGAAGAUCCGUCCUGUGCAGUAAAUCUGCAGAAUAAACACAGAGACAUUUAAUAAAUAUAUAACUAUAAAUCUUUUACACAUGACUUUUCACAUUUUUACUUUGUUCAUUUGACGCAUUAACUGCAUUAUGAUUAUGAAUUGAGUGUUUUGUAUGAAACUUAAACCAAAUAAAUCUAUAUGAAGGCUGUUCAAACUGUACUACAGCAGCAAACAUCAAUAUGAAGCAGUUACAGUAAAAAGUGAGACUGUUGCAGAUUUUUAAUGUGUGUUUUCACAGUUUAACAGUGUAAUCAAAGACUCUCUACCUGUUUAUCCAUACAUGACAUACUGUGUACAUGUUGGAUUUACUUCAUUCAACAGUGGACAUUGGUUGCACAUAGAUGUUUUGCUUUGGCAGCAACGUAAACAGUUGAGUUAAAUUAACACAAGUGAUUCAUAUCCAAUAAACCUGAGCAUUUAGUGUUGAUUAAAUGUGACUGAAACGUGUUUUGAUGAACUCAUUUGAGCUCUUGGAAAAUUUGAAUCUAUCACAAUUUUCUCACUUUGUUCCAACACUGUUCAAUAACUUUUACCCCAACACUACUUGGUCACUGAAAUGCUCCAUG